AUGGCGAAGAAGAACACCGACAGCGCGGAGCUGGCGCGGAGGCUUGACGGGCAGGUCAUGGUCAUACCGGACCUAGGGAGGUUGAUGGGCCACUGGCCCUGCGGGAGGAACGCGCACGCCUCGGACAUCGAGGGGCAGGUCGGCGAGUUGCUGGAUCGGACGGCGUCGCCCAGGGACAGGGAGAAUGUUGAGGAGGCGAACCCGGCUUUGCUCGCGGCGUGUCUGUGGCCCAAUGUGUCGCUGGAGCAUCUGAGGACGUUGACACAGAUGGUCCUUUGGCAGGGACGGCUCGAUGACUACAUCGAGGCGUUGGAGUACGAGAACUCGGAGCGGGCGAGGGAGUUCCGGGCCAAGACCAAAGAGUACGUUGCGCAGUAUCUCCAACUUUCGGAUCUGCCGCGGGAGCCGCCUGCGACGAGUGCCAUUUCGGAUUUCCAGCAGGUAGCGCAGGUGAUUUGCCGGUACUAUGACCAGGUAGACCAGCGGAGGGCUCUGAGGGUCAGCUUAUUCGAGUACAUUGAUUCGACGGUGUCGGAAAUGCGGUACAUCCAGAGCGGGGAGGUGCCGACAGACCGGUACUACGAGGACCUGCGGAAGAGGACGGCGGGUGCUGGGCCGCUUUGUGCUUUGGCUGAGUUUGUUGCGGGAGUACAGUUGUCUGGGCUGGUCACUGGCUCGAUCCCAUACAAGCUCAUGCUUGAGGCUGUCAGUGUCAUUAUUGGACUGACGAACGACUUGCUCUCAUUGAGCAAGGAGCUGAGAAAGGGUCGAAUCUUCAACGUGGUGCCGGUGCUCCUGUGGAACGGCGAACGCGGCGAGCUGGCGGAGGUCGUCGAGCACGUGGUCGGAGAAAUCGAAAAGGCCGUCAAGAGCUUCGACGUGUGCGAGUCGAGGCUCAUCCGCCAGUACCGGGGUGAAGCGGACCACAUCCGGCUGGUGGCUGAGGCUCUGAAAACCGUUUGCACUGGCAACUUGGCCUGGAGAAGAGUCGCCCUCGCCCGUCCCGCGGCUGCAGCCAGGGCGUUCCACUCGACGCCCCGCGCCUUCGUCAAGGUCGGCGACGCGAUCCCCGACUUGCCGGUGCUGGUCGAGAACUCGCCGGGCAACAAGGUCAACCUGGCCGAGGAGUUUUCCAAGGUCAAGAACGGGCUCAUCAUUGGUGUCCCCGCGGCCUUCUCGCCCGCCUGCUCGGCCACUCACGUCCCGUCGUACAUUAACCACCCGAAGCUGAAGGAGGCCGGCUCCGUGUUUGUUGUGUCGGUUAACGACCCCUUCGUGAUGAAGGCGUGGGGUGAGCAGUUGGACCCUGCGAGCCAGACGGGCAUCCGGUUCUUGGGUGACCCGACCGCCGAGUUCACCAAGGAGCUUGAGCUCGACUUUGACAGCGUCGCCAUCUUUGGCGACACCCGCGGCAAGAGAUACACUCUUGUCGUCGAGGACGGCAAGGUCAAGGAGGCUCACGUCGAGCCCGACAACAUUGGAACCAAGGACGCCCUGCCCAACAAGAGGAUAGCCUCAGCUGCCAGCCAGACCCAGCACGCUCCCCCGACCCCGGUUACCACAGCAAGCAACGGCAUGGAUUCCGAGGAGGACUUCAUGUCCGCUCUUUCGAGCGAGGACGAGAUGAUGCAAGACGACAGCGGCGAGGACAUGUCGGGCGCCGACGACUUCGACGAGGACGACUUCGAUGACGAGCCCGACGCCGACCUCGGCAUUAUCAAGGAUUCCGACAGCAAGAAGAAGGUCGCCUACGACAUUUCCUUCAAGGUCUACAAGCCCGAGGACAUCCAGAGCCAACAGGAUGACAUGAUCGACGAGGUCAACAUGAUUCUCAAUAUUCGCAAGGAGGACGUCGCCAUCCUGCUGCGCCACUUCCGCUGGAACAAGGAACGCUUGAUCGAGGACUACAUGGACACUCCGAAUAAGGUACUGGAGGCUGCAGGCCUGGGAUCGAACGUCACCGGCCCACCCAAGCUGGAGGCCAUCCCCGGCUUUAUGUGCGACAUUUGCUGCGAGGACGAGGAGGGUCUCCAGACCUUUUCUCUCAAGUGCGGCCACCGAUACUGUGUCGACUGCUACCGUCACUACCUUAACCAGAAGAUCCGCGAAGAGGGCGAGGCUGCCCGCAUCCAGUGCCCCGCCGAGGGCUGCGGCCGCAUCAUCGACUCCAAGUCGCUCGAUCUCCUCGUCACCCACGAACUUGGUUCACGAUACCACGAGCUGCUCAACCGCACCUAUGUCGAGGACAAGGACUCGCUCAAGUGGUGUCCCGCGCCCGACUGCCCGAAUGCUGUUGAGUGCGCCAUCAAAAAGAAGGACCUGGACAGAAUCGUCCCCACGGUCGCCUGCGCAUGUGGUCAUCGCUUCUGCUUCGGUUGCAUCCUCAACGACCAUCAGCCGGCCCCCUGCGAGCUCGUCAAGAGGUGGCUCAAGAAGUGCGCCGACGACUCCGAGACAGCCAACUGGAUAUCAGCCAACACGAAAGAGUGUCCCAAGUGUAACUCCACUAUCGAGAAGAACGGUGGCUGCAACCACAUGACCUGUCGCAAGUGCAAGCACGAGUUCUGUUGGAUGUGCAUGGGCCUGUGGUCGGAGCAUGGCACCAGCUGGUACAACUGCAAUCGCUUCGAGGAGAAGAGCGGCACCGAAGCCCGCGAUGCGCAAGCCAAGUCCCGCAUAUCGCUAGAGAGAUACCUGCACUACUACAACCGCUACGCCAACCACGAACAGUCUGCCAAGCUCGACAAGGACAUUUACCACAAGACGGAGAAGAAGAUGGUGCAGCUCCAGACCGCGUCAGGCAUGUCGUGGAUCGAGGUUCAAUACCUUAACCAGGCCUCGCAGACACUGCAAACCUGUCGACAGACCCUUAAGUGGACGUACGCCUUUGCCUUCUAUCUUGCCCGCAACAAUCUGACGUCCAUCUUCGAGGACAAUCAGAAGGAUUUGGAGAUGGCGGUUGAGGCACUGUCAGAAAUGUUCGAGAAGCCCGUCACGGAGCUGUGUGACAAGAAGCUGAAGGUCGACAUCAUGGAUAAGACGUCGUACUGCAAGAAGCGACGCAUCAUUCUUCUGGAGGAUACUGCCGAUAAUUUGGCCAACGGUCGCUGGACUUUCAACGUUGAUCUUACCGGUCCUAUGCCAUCCGCUGCGACGGGCAGCCGCCGUUGA